AUGAUCAAAUAUCUUGAAAGGGUCAGGGACAAAUGUGUGAGAGUAUGUAAAUGGCAGCAAGCAGUUGGAUAUGCAGAAGUCUCUUAUUCACCCCUCAAGGGCCACAAAUAUGGAGUAACUUGUGUGAAAGUCAGCCCUCAAUCAACAAUGCUGGCAAGCGCUAGUAUUGACGGUACAACUGUUCUCUGGAAUCUGCGGACGGGAUCGAAAAUCCAUACAAUGGUUCAACCGAGUGGAGAAUGUGUUAGAGUCUGUCGAUUUUCUCCUGACUCUACUUUCCUAGUGACUGCAGGUGACAAUGGACAAGUUUGCCUAUGGGAUUUAGUCCGUAGAACACUCAUAAAAUGCUUUCAACAACAUGAAGGAGCCGUUCAAGGUGUCUCCUUCACUCCUGAUUCUAAUUGGCUGCUAACAAGCUGUACAUUUGGAGUUCUUAAUUUAUUUUCUGUACCCGGCAUCGUCGACUCGAGUGUCAUCAAUCCAAAUGGAAAUGUUAAUGUAUUCUCUACGAUCGAUGAUGCCCACGAUCUUGGAGUUGUAUGCUGUGAUUUUUCCCCUCAACAAAUCGUUACGAGUAACUACAUUAAAUUCAAACUAGAAAUGGCUAGUAUUUCUGCAAAAAUGGUUGCUGCUUUGGUGGAGCACAAGAGAUACGUCGGCUGUUGUGCCUUUUCGAGAGAUGGCUCAUUACUUGCAAGUGGCUCUAAUGAUAAAAGUGUCAUUAUAUGGGACCUCACGAAAAGUAAUUUAACUAUUGAAUCGAACCUUAUUAGAUAUGUCAAUCCUAUUCGACAUUCAUCUAUUGACGGUGAUACAACUUUCGAGUCACUUAAAUUUUUUGCCCCCAUGCGACCCUUACCCAAGGUUUUUGAAGGACACGCUGAUGCGAUUACCACUCUGGCUUUUACUCCCGAUUCUUUGUAUAUUGUGACAGCCUGCAGUGAAGGCACUUGGAGGAUUUUUGAUAUUGAAGGAGAAUCAUCAAGUAGCAUCUUAGUAUGUGAAGCAGCUCAUGAUCUUGGCGUUCAGGGAUGCGAUUUUAGUCCUGCAUCCGCUCCAUUCACUGUGGCAGGCAUGCGGCAGUCCUCUACCGACGAUCAGUCAAAAUUCUACGUCCUAGCAACGUGUGGGAAUGAUUCUCUCGUUAAAUUGUGGCAAAUCACUGUUUUACUCGAUCAAACUGAUGAACACGAUAACGAAACUCUUGAAGGGGAUUCAGGAUUAGGGAGAUUGACUGCCAACGCCAUUUCGUAUAUGGAGAAAAAAGUUUUAGCUGGGCAUGGAGGUAAUGUCAUGGAUGUAAGAUUUGCAGCAGUUCAUGGUGAGAUCCUUGGGAGUGUUGCUACUGAUAGGACAGCUAGGCUGUGGAGUGUUAAUUCCGGAGUUUGUCUGCACGUACUGGAGAACCAUGACAGUCUCGUCACUUCUUGUGCAUUUUCUAAUGAUACUUCAUUCUUUGCCACAGGCGCAUUGGAUAAGACCGUAACAGUUUGGCGACUCCCACAGCAAUUGGUCUCACAAAGUAACUUGAUCGAACGAUUAAGAAAUAAUAGAAAGAAAGUUAUUGAUUGGAAGACCGAGGAUGUAUUAAAAUGGCUUAGCGAAAUAAAUAUGACGGUGCUUGAGAGUCGUGCGAGUGUAAUACAUCUCAAUGGACGACAUUUGCUCACAGUACCUGGAGAAAUUAUUGCAGCAAGGCUCCAUAUUUAUGAGGACCAUGCGGGUUAA